AUGCGGCGUCUCCUGGUGGUUCAGGUGCUGCUGUGCUGUUGGCAUUUGGUCCAGCCGUUUUGCCCGUCACAGUGUACCUGUGUGUUUCAUUCCCGCAGCGAUGGAACAGGAACCAGGACCGUCCUGUGUAAUGACCCAGACAUGUCGGACAUCCCAGUCAAUGUGCCGGUGGACACCGUGAAGCUGCGGGUGGAGAAAACAGCGGUUCGUCGGAUUCCCACCGAAGCCUUCUACUACCUCACUGAACUCCAGUUCCUGUGGAUCACCUACAACUCCAUCACCUCCGUGGACCCGGGGAGCUUCUACAACCUGAAAGUCCUGCACGAGCUCCGGCUAGACGGCAACCAAAUCUCCACCUUCCCUUGGGAGGCCCUGAGAGAGAUGCCCAGCCUCAGGACGCUUGACCUGCACAACAACCGUCUCACCAGCGUCCCCGUGGACGCCGCGCCUUACCUGGUCAACAUCACCUACCUGGACAUCUCCAGCAACAAGCUCACCACCCUGCCCUCUGACCUGGUGGAUAUCUGGCCUCCUUUUUCUGGCAUGCCGCCCACUUUAAAUGGUUCCCAGAAGAUCGUAUUGGGUCUCCAGGACAACCUGUGGUACUGUGACUGCCGGAUCUCCAAACUUAUCGAGAUGUCCAAGAUGACAAACAUUCCAGUGGUUUUGAUGGACCCAUAUCUGUCCUGCAGUGGCCCAGAGAGCCUGUCUGGGGUUCUCUUCCAGAGAGCUGAGCUGGAUCAGUGUGUCAAACCUUCAGUCAUGACCUCAGCCACAAAAAUCACCUCUCCUCUUGGCAGCAACGUGCUCCUGCGCUGUGACGCCACAGGAUAUCCCACUCCUACCCUGCUGUGGAGCAAGGCGAAUGGGUCAGCUGUCAAUAACACAGUUGUCCAAGAAUCUCCUGGCGAAGGUGUCCGGUGGUCCAUCCUCAGUCUGCAUGGGAUCGAGGUGAAAGAUGCCGGAGUGUACCGCUGCAAAGCCAAGAAUGUUGCAGGAAAUGCGGAAGCCUUCAUCACUCUCUCUGUGGCUGGGAUGGACACAACAACAGUGUCCCCAUCAUCAAGCAUGACCAAGAAACCUGAUGACAGUCCAGGAUUAAUUACCCAGUCUCCGCCUCCAGUUACUGGCACUGUAGUUCCAACAUUUACAUCUUUUAGCCCUACUACGUCCAAGCCCCCCAUGACCACAAUGCCACCUGUGCCUAGGAUGAACCUAGGCCCAGGUGGAGGCAUUCAGAGGUCCCCACCUGCUGGAGAUACGCCUGCUAAGAUGCAGCAGGGAAAGGAUACCAAGGGUGUGGGUACCAGCGAUAAAUCUAGGAAAAAAGGAAGUUCCUACAUCAAGGAUAUCGAAGUGGUUGAAGAGACUGGAGAUACAGCAGUUGUGCUAUGGACAACUGAGGGUUUGCCUAGCGAUACACCCUUAUCCAUGGUGUACUUCCCAUACGACACAGAAGAUAACAAGGAAACGCUAGAGACUGAGGUUGGGUUGGGCAAACUUCUUUUAGAGAAUCUGCUGCCCAACCAGGUCUACACAGUCUGCUUGGUUGCCAAAGGUUUGAUGUCUGGAAAGGACCAAUGUGUGAAUUUUAGCACUCUGGACACCUCUGGGGAUGAUAGCCAAAACAAGUGGCUAAUGAUUGCUAGCGGGAUUGCUUGCGCUCUUGCACUCCCACUUAUUAUCCUUCUUCUCUAUAAGAUUGUGUCACUCUACUGCAAGGGGAGAACCAGCAGAAAUGCUGGAACAGACGAAGACCUCUCUAAAGAGACUUAUGUAAAGUUUGAGACUCUCACAAUGAAACAGAGGACACUGAAUGGACAGGCGAAUGACCUCUGGGCUCGGAGGCAGACGCAGGAAUCAGAAAGGAUGCUUCUUUGCUCCCGUUCAAGUAUAGACUCCCAAAUGACUUACAAAAGUGAUAGUUCACGAUCAGAGUACUUGUGCUAG